AUGGAGAAUUCUCAAAAUUCUGAACCACCUAAACCACCAAAUCAAAGAGUCGUGAGUGAAAUCUCUGCUGGACAACUCUCCACCGGAAAAUCUGUCAACGGAGAGGCUUCCGAUGUGCCCCCCAAAACUCUAUCUUCUUCUCUCCCUCCUCCUCUUCAAGGAGCAUGGAAAAAGAAGCUGACUUUCUCCAAAGAAUCAAUCUCAGAGUUUAAUCAAACACAGGAACCUGUUCAGACUUUCUCAGAAGCAAAUUGUGAAGAUAGUAUUCGGUUUCCUUGGGCAGCUAGAAUGGAUCCAGCAACAAGGAACCUUUACAGAGCAACAUCACCGGAAUACAUGGAAGAUGGUACUCCAAAGGUAACCAUUCCAAGUCAUGUCUUGCUACAAGGUCUAGAGAAUCAAAAAGAUUACAUCAUAGGACAGUUUUAUAGAUGUAGUGCUCCUGCUGGUGGUUUAGUGCAUGCCGUAGUCAAUAGAAUUUGGGGCAGGAAUUGCAGUAUCUUUGUCCGUAAGCUAGGAAAUUCGAAUUUCCUCUUUCAUAUUCCAGAUGCUUCAACAAGAGCUUGGGUCUUGCAACGAGGUUUAUGGCAUGUUGAUGACUGUUUGCUGUUUGUAGCUCCCUGGACUCCUGCAGAUACUUUUGAUAUCCCUGAGAUCUCAACGAUUCCUGUAUGGGUGACUCUUAAAAAUAUUCAUCAUAGAUGCUACUCAAUUCCUGGCAUUAGUCAUAUUGCUUCAGGUUUGGGUGCUCCCAUGGCUACCUAUAAGCCAAGACUUGACCCUACUCUAAUGGGUGAAGCUAAGAUCUUGGUUGAAGUGGAAUUAAAUAAGGAGUUUCCUAAGAAGAUUGCGGCUGCUGAUAAAAAAGGUUACAUCUCCAUGGUAGAUGUAGAAUAUGCUUGGGUUCCUACUACAUGUGGGAAAUGUGGUCAGCUGGGACAUAAGCCUUCUCGUUGUCUACAACAAACUCACUUGCCACAAGAAACAGUCACAGAGAAUGUUUCAGAAAUCCCAGCUCUCCAUACUGCUACAGUUCCUGCUGUCCUUAAGCCUCCUUGUUGUCAACAACAAACCCUCUUGUCACAAGGAACAGUCACCAAGAAUGUCUCGGAAAAUUUUGUUGGAGAAGAUCAUCAAAUUCAAGAAACUAUAUCCUCUACUGCGGUUGCCUCAGAUGAUACAUUUGAGGUUGCGGAGGAGGAACUUAUCUCGCUAGCUACAAUCUCUGUUCUUGAGAACAUGUCUGAUUCUGCUCCAACAGUUGUGCUUAUCAAUGAAACAAUUGAGUCUCCUUCUUUGGAGUCUGCCCAAAACUUACCAGUCCUUGAUGCUACUAAGGGUCAAGCAAUCUCCUCUCCCGAGAAGGAUAGUAGUAGAGUAGCUGCGCCUGAUUUUGGUUCUAACAAGUUUGGCUCUUUGAUUUCUCUAGAAGAAGAAGAAGUUUCAUCGGAUUCUGACAUAGCGACGGAGUCCAUGGAUCUUAUGACGCCUUUUGGGAAAAGAAUUCUUAGAGAAAGACCAGUUAAACCAACAAUGAAGGCUAAGGAGAUGCACUGGCAGUUAACGGCUCGCGGACGUGGAAAUCGCGGACGUGGGCGUGGAGAAAGUGGCUAG